AUGCCACAUCAUACUCUUGUGUCGCUUGCAACAGAAUAUCAGGACUCACAGGCCCACAAAGAGCCGCUAGCCGUCCAAGCAGCGAAAGAAUUUAGGGGCCACACAGAAUCAUUUUUUGGUACCUUGCCGAGGCUGAUUCCAUGGAAACGCCGGCUGUUGGGGACUCGGGAAAAGUGGGAAGAUCUCAAACCCCAAUGGGUGUCUGUCAACGCGGCGGCUGCUAAGCUAUGGCGCGAAGAAGGCCAGCUGACAUGGCGAGGGCAGUUGAGGUUUUUUUAA